UGCAGGAGGGCGGCGGUAUUCCCGCCGCGUUGCUGUGCGUGGUGUGGUGUGUGGUGGCGGUGCUGGGGACGUGGCAGAGGAGACUGGUCGCGAUGCCUGAGCCGGCUAAGUCAGCGCCCGCGCCCAAGAAGGGCUCCAAGAAGGCGGUGACCAAGACGCAGAAGAAGGGCGACAAGAAGCGCAAGAAGAGCCGCAAGGAGAGCUACUCGAUCUACGUGUACAAGGUGCUGAAGCAGGUGCACCCCGACACGGGCAUCUCGUCCAAGGCCAUGGGCAUCAUGAACUCCUUCGUCAACGACAUCUUCGAGCGCAUCGCCGGCGAGGCGUCGCGCCUGGCGCACUACAACAAGCGCUCCACCAUCACGUCGCGGGAGAUCCAGACCGCCGUGCGGCUGCUGCUGCCCGGCGAGCUGGCCAAGCACGCCGUCUCCGAGGGCACCAAAGCUGUCACCAAGUACACCAGCUCCAAGUAAGCUGCCUCUGUGCUCUGUGCCAGACCCUCUCAACCCAAAGGCUCUUUUAAGAGCCACCCACCCUGUCGGUAAAAGAGCUUUGAUUUCUGUGAUUUGCUGUAGUUUUGUCUACCAAGCUGUCUCCUAAAAAAAGCCUUUCUUGUCUGAAUGUGUCUAGAAACCUGUUUUCAUUCAAUAACUAAUAUAAUUUUUUUUCUCUCGGG